GAAAUGACUGACCGAGAAGAAGCUGAGAUACAAAUUUCAGAACUGGAUUUACUUUCGAGCAUGUUUCCUUAUGAGGAGGAGUUCAUUGUGACUGACCAGCUGGCUGUGGCAGAACUAAAACACUAUGUGGAAAAUGAGUCUGCAGAGAUGCCAUCUUCCAAAGUUCAGUUUAUAUUGAAUGUAAAGCCAGAGGUCACUAAUGCCUCUAUGGUGGAAUUCUCUAUGUCCUGUGCUUUACCAUUUAAAUACCCAACUGUUCUACCAGAAAUUACUGUCAGGUCAUCAUUCUUAAGCCGCUCUCAGCAGAUUCACCUUAACUCUGAUCUCAAAACGUAUUUGAUGCAAAACUGCAAUGGUGAGCCCUGCAUGUUGAGUGCAAGGGAAUGGGUUAAAGAUCACGCAGCUUCUUACAUUGACAAAGAGCUUUCGGCUUCCUCAGUGACAACAUCACAUUCCAUGCAGGCAGAAGAUACCACCUUCACACGAUUGUGGAUCUAUAGUCACCACAUUUACAAUAAGCAAAAAAGAAAGAAUAUUAUUGACUGGGCCAAAGAACUCUCUCUGUCAGGGUUUUGCAUGCCUGGGAAACCAGGUGUUGUUUGUGUGGAAGGUCUACAAAGUAGCUGUGAAGAGUUCUGGUCGAGAAUAAGAAGAUUAACGUGGAAAAGAAUUCUCCUUCGACACAGAGAAGAUGUUUCUUUGGAAGGUGGAGGACUUGCUGAGAUUCAGAAACAAAGAAAAUUCUCCACUUUGGAAGAAAAAUGUUUUGAUGCACAUGGUGCCAGAGGAAAUCAUAUGGAUUUGGGACAGCUAUAUCAUUUUUUGGAAGAAAAAGGUUGUGCUGAUAUUUUUCAAAUGUACUUUGGGGUUGAAGGACAUUGA